UUCGUCUCGAUUCCACGUGGUUUCAGUAUCUGUUAUGUUUGCUCUGAUAUAUUUUUAUAUUUGUUAUUCUUACAGAAAAAUAUGCUGACAUUGAAUUCAGAAGUAGAAAUGAAUAAAUUAAACACAGUCCCCACUUUAAAGUUUACAAUGGGUUUGGGACUAGAUAAUCAGGAUGAUACAUACAUAUUUGAUAUAGUUGCAAAUAGUGAUUCUCAAUUAGCGGCUUCAUAUUCUGACAAUACUAUCAGUUUAAUAGAAUCAAAACAUCUUCAUGUAAAUUAUUCAUGGAAAGCUCAUAAAAAGAAGAUUUCUGCUUUGAAGUUCAGUCCUAUCAAUCAACAUCAUCUAUUUUCAUCAUCAUUGGACGGAUGCAUUAGUUUGUGGGAUCUUCGUUAUUCUGUUGAGGAACCAGCUCUGAAAUUUCAAGAUAUUUCAGCUACCAACAAACCAAUAACAUGUUUUGACGUUGAUUUUUCUGGAAGCUACAUAUGUUCUGGAACAGAAUUAAUGCAACAGAAUUCAUAUAUUUUAUUUUGGUAA